UAAGCAGCACCAGCGCCCCCAAAUCACAUUCUCUGUUUGGCUUUUUUUUUUUCCUCUUCAGUCUUACUUUCUCUCUCUAAAACAUUCGCAACAAUUUUUAGAGGAGAAAGGAACUCACAUCUGUGCAACUCACAUGCUCAAAGACUGUUAUUGUCAAGGGGAAAUAAAAUGGCCACCGGUAAGAGAUUCGCGGUGCUGUUGUGCGCGGACGACUCAGACUACGUGAAGAAGAUGUACGGAGGCUACUUUGGCGUGUUUUGGAAAAUGCUGGCGGAGGAAGGAGAGAGAUGGGACGUGUUUAGAGUGGCCUCCGGCGAGUUCCCCAGCGACGAAGAGGUAGAGGCCUUCGACGGGUUUGUGAUCACCGGAAGCUGCAACGACGCGCACGGAAAUGAUGUUUGGAUCUGCAGGCUCUUGGCGCUGCUGAAGCGAUUGGAUUUCAUGAAGAAGAAGGUUCUCGGGAUCUGCUUUGGUCAUCAGAUAUUAGGGCGUGCAUUGGGAGGAAAGGUCGGGCGUAAUGUUUCAGGAUGGGACAUUGGAGUGACGACCGUUCAUUUGUCUUCAUCGUCGAAGAUCUUCUCGUCGCUUAAAGUGCCCGCGCUGGUUACUGUGAUCGAGUGUCAUCGAGAUGAGAUCUGGGAACUGCCUCAGAAAGCGGAGGUGAUCGGAUGGUCAGAUAAGACCGGGGUUGAGAUGUUUAUGUAUGGGGACCACUUUAUGGGGAUUCAAGGGCACCCCGAGUACACAACAGACAUUCUGCUCCACCUGAUCGACCGACUUCUCAAACGCAACGACAUCAUGGAGUCGUUUGCUGAGGAAGCGAAGAAGAAUGUGGAGGCACAAGAGCCGAACAGGGAGGCAUGGAAGAAACUGUGUGUGAGUUUUCUGAAGGGGAGAUUAUGAUGAUGAAAAAUUAACACGAGAAGAAGAAUAAAAUGAAGUUAUACAUGAAUGAGAUGAGAGGAAGACUUUAAUUAGUUAAGGGGGUUAUGGAGCAUGCAAUUUAAGGGUUAAUUAAAUUGAGUUAGGCCGGUUUAUAGCUAGGCACCUAAACAGGUUUGCCAAAAGUCAUGUAGCUCAAUCAAUUAUUAUGUCUAAUGAAAAUCAUGACAAGUCAUGUGAUGUGCGGUGGCUAAUUAUCAAAAUCAA